AAUCAAGAACACGAUUACAAGUGUGUACAAGGUGACAUGUACAUGUAAAUUUCAUAUUUUACACUACUCACGUGUUAGCCUUAAUACACAUAUAAACUUUUUUAUGUUUCUAUAAAUGUUUUAUGGAUUACAGUAUGAAACAUGGUUUUCAGUGUAUAAGUUUAUAAUACGCAUACAAAGAAACAGGACUGAAGAAUUAUUAAGCAUGACAUCUAUACUAGGACUUUAUAUAUAUACAGUUGAAAGUGACAUCAACUAUUAACAAUGACAGAUAAGGCAGGAUUUGUGUAUUACAAGUAUAGCGGUUGCUACCAAGAUGAUGAUCAACGUUUAUUUGACGACGGACCCCAUUACAGUGGCAAUGAAAUGUCCUCUCAAAUUUGUUUUCAACACUGCAGUUUCAGUGGAAAAUUUGAAAUAAACAGGUUCUUUGCUACCUCUAACAAAAGUUCUUGUUAUUGUGGUAGUGAAGAAGAACUCGGAUCUUAUAAAUACCAAAAGCGGGAGGAUUCCGAAUGUAGCAUGGAUUGUACGGGACAUUUGGAUGAAAAAUGUGGAGCUGUGUUGCGGGCCUCAGUUUAUGAAAUUUGCAUAGGGAAUGCAUCAGAGGUUCAGGAAGCAGAAGCAGCUCUGAACAGAACAAUCCCCGUUAGCAGUGAUGUAUCAACGACCCAAUCAUACCAUGGUCUUACAAGACACGACGGUGAUACAGGUACUGCAAUUGGUAUGUCAACAGUCCUUGUCUAUUUACUCAUUGCAAGUCUUGUAUAUGUAUUCAUACUUCGAAGACCAAAAUCAUCAAGUCCAAGGAGACUUACAGAAUCACGUCCUCACAACCAACAUGUAAGGAACCACAUUAGUGUUCCUCCUAUGACAGAUAUUUCUGAACAGACGCUAAUUAUUCAGAACGAGACUCCUAUAUAUGAAAACUUAGAUUCUGUUAAUUUCCCCACUCAAAUAAGUGAAACAUCUGUUUAAAUUCAUUGGAUAAAAUGAUCCAAAGCAGGAACUAAAUGUUGACACAAAAAUAGAUUGGUGUCGAUGACUUUCCGUCAAAGUCAAGAAUGAAUACCGGAAACCAGGGAAGACUUUUCUGAUAAGUUUCUGAUGAUAUUGUACUUACUUACCUCACGAUGAGGAAGUUCGGGCACAGCUUAUUAAUCAUAAACAUGAAUUAUUUAUGAUAUCAAUGAUGUACAUAUAUGUAAGAAAAUUUAAUUUAGUGUUUCAAAAUAGUUUAAACAAAUCAAAUAAAAAAGAUUCAAAUACA